CGGAAAAGGGUACAACACAGGCAAUGGAGCCCUAACCGCAGGAAAAAUAACUGUAGGAGAGAUAUUUUCGUAGUUUCAGCUCCAAUCUGAUUAAUAGGAGUAUAUUCCUAAAACCCUUCACUUGAUAGCAGUCGCCGCUCCGAAAAACCCUUCAAUUCAAAGAGAUUUUAAUGCAUAUGGCUUGCUUCAACAAAGUUGGAACCAUGCUAAGGCAGAGCAUAUCUGCCUCUAGUGCAUUGAGUGGACAAUCCUCGAUGCUUAAUGCGAUGCGCCUGAUGUCUACCAAGCUUUUCAUUGGAGGGCUUUCUUAUCAAACUGAUGAUCAGUCUCUCAGGGAUGCUUUUUCUAGCUUCGGAGAAGUUGACUCUGUAAGAAUUAUCGUUGACAGAGACACUGGAAGAUCGAGAGGGUUUGGAUUUGUAAAUUUCACUUGUGAAGAGGCUGCUAACUCAGCCAUAUCAGCAAUGGAUGGGCAGGAACUGAAUGGCAGGAACAUCCGUGUAAGCCAGGCCACAGAGAAACCUCCUCGUAGUAACUAUGGCGGUGGCGGUGGCGAUUAUGGAGGCAACAGCUUUGGCCGUGGUGGUGGUGGUGGUUAUGGAGGCGGGUAUGGCAACAGAGAUGAGAGUUACUAGUCUCCAUGUUGCUUGCUUCGUUAUUUUGUCACUACUAGUUUAACAUUAAUCUCCAUAAACUGCACCGUUUUUCCAUAACGGUGUUCCUUGCUUUAGUUUCCUCUUUUAUUCUGGCAACUUGUAAUAAUUGGAGGAUGAUUUUUAGUUUGCUUUUCUCAGUUUUCCUCUACCAUUUUACUGCAGCUUCUGUUUUAAAAAUGAA